CGCUUUGGGGGCUGGAGCAAGAGGGGACUCGGACGAUCUCAUUCGAGCUCGCUUUUUCAAAGUGACGGCAGGUCCAUGGCUGGCAAGACGAGCUAUACGAAGGCGCCCGCUGCCGCGGUGAAGAAGGUCUUAAGAGCGCGAGGGAAGGCGAAGUCGACACCAGCCAUCGACGACCCGCUGCCGGCCGCCGAUGAUUCGACGAUAGUAGGAGGGGACACAGCGGAGCUCACAGCGGCCUCUAUCGAUGAGGUGUCCCCAGUUGUCACCAAGAAGAAGGCCAAGAAGAGCGCCGUCGUCGUGGAAGAGCCGGCUGUCUGGUGCGACGCUAGCGUGGCCAAGAUGUUCGAGCUGCGCUACAAGACGGAGCUGAAGGACAAGUUCGAGUCCAAGAACAACUUCCAGAAGAACCUCGCCACUCUCUCGCUCGCCGCCACGCUGAGCGUCGCGAUGAAUCGCACGUUCACUGCGGCUCAAGUCAAUGCCAAGUUUGCGCGGAUGCGCACCAAAUGGUUGACCUCCAAGUCGACUGUACCUUCGUCAACCGGCAACGAUGCGUCGUCGGGGAGCCUUCCCAUGCACUACGAUGUGAUGCUAGAGUAUUGGUCGGGGAAUGACGAUCUGCAACGCGAAAGAUUGCUCUCCUCGGACGAUCCCGUUGAUCUGGCAGACGACACGGGAAACGCGGACUCGGAUGUCAUGGACCUCGACGACGAGAACGAGCGGCCGGACAACGCGAACAAGAAGCGGAAGACUUGUUCCGAGACCGAGGACAAGACCACCGGCGAUCGAGGCGGCGGCAAGAAAACCAAGUCGACCGGGGAGGCCAUUGAGGGUGGCCUCGUAGCCGUGAGCAACGGUCUCAUCUCGCUUGGCCAGUCUCUAGCGCCGGGUUGUGGUGCGGCGCAAAGCAACACGACGCUCGACGACGUACUGGAUGCCAUCAAGGCGCAAUCAACGACGGCCUUGGCAGAACAAGUUAGUUAUUUGGUCGAUGCCAUCAAGAGUCAGACCAACACGAUGCAACAAUUGAUCCAAGCUAUCGCGAAGAAGUAGUGCCAGCGCAAUUGCUCCAUACAGUGUCUUUGUGAAGGUUCAUACUGUCGAACAGCCGAGCUAUCGUGUCGCGCUUGCUUAACGCCGCACGUCUAACACCGCACGUCUAACAACGACGUUGGUCUCACAAUCUCG